GAAAACAUCUACACACUCCCCAACAUCCUCACCACCUCUCGCCUCAUCAUGUCGCCCAUCAUCGGGUACCUCAUCUCCACGCACUCCUACACGCACGCCCUCGGGUUGCUCGUAGUGGCGGGACUCACUGAUUUGGCUGAUGGGUAUAUUGCGCGGAAUUGGAAUAUGAAGACGUUUUUGGGGUCUGCGUUGGAUCCGGCUGCUGAUAAGGUGUUGAUGACGGUGUUGGUGGUUGCGGAGGGGGCGGCGGGGUUGAUUCCGGUCCCACUAGCAGCCCUAAUCCUCGGCCGCGACAUCGGCCUCAUCGCCGGCACAGCCUGGGUCCGGUACAACACCCUCCCACCACCUAAAACCACAAAACGAUACUUUGACCUCUCCCUCCCUUCCGCGGAAGUGCGGCCGCCCAUGAUUAGCAAGCUCAACACCCUCCUCCAACUGACACUCAUGUCCGCCUCCCUCGCGGCGCCCGUGUUUGGGUUCCUGGAUCAUACCGCGUUGGAAGUGUUGCAGUGGACAGUGGGCUUGACGACGGUGUGGUCCGGCGCGCAGUAUGCGUUCGACAAGAGUGUGAUUAAGGUGCUUCCGCAGGCGGGGGCCGAGGGUGGGGAGGGCACGACUGGUGGGCAGGGGAAGGGGACGGGGCUGUGA